AGAUUGUGAAGAAGCGCAGUCGCAGGAUGUGUCGGCAGUGUGAUGCGUGCCUUCGCGAAGACGACUGUGGCACAUGUGACUUCUGCGUGGACAAGCCCAAGUUUGGUGGCAGCAACAAGAAAAAGCAGAAAUGUCGCUUACGCCAGUGCAAGCUUCAGUCAAGGCUUCAUGGUCAAAGAGGAAAUAUCGUGCAGGGAAUGCGAAAUCCAUCCCUUCCACGGAGAAGGAGAGAUGUGAAGCCCAAGCUCAAGAAGCGCGGGAGACCGCCGAAAAAACAGAAACUCAGAAGCAACCCCUGGGAGGAUGUUGACGAAGUGUCUUAUAAGGAUGAGGAUGACAAAGAAGACUUGAGGCGUUAUAAGAUGAAAGGCAGAAGAAAAGGAGGAAAGAGGAAAUGGAAGUACAGUUUUAAGGAAGAAGAGGAAGACAUGUUCAUUGAGGCCGUGAUUGAGGAAGACGGAGCGUCCAACACAGAGGAGAAUCCUGAAAUUUUGGGCAAUCAGAGGUCAGCGAUGGUGUCUAAUGAGAUUCACUCAAACACGUCUGGACUCAGUGCUCAGGGAUUAUACUACAACAUGUCAGGUGUGCCGAUGGCUCCUUACGUGCUCGGAUCAGUACCUCUGUGUAACAGCAAUCCAGCGCCGAUGGGUGAGGUGACCAGCUCUCUGCCGAUGGGGGACGAUGGGACUCAGAACGGGUUUCUUCAGAUUGAGAUGGUGAGAGUGGGAUCACCACAGUCACAUUACACAGAAGAAGCUCAGGACACAGAACAACACGUGUCAGAACAACAACAGGAGCCCACGCCGGUGAUCACUCACAUCUUCAGUCUGGUGGGAGGAGAGGACGACCGAGACCAAGGCCUGAUGGAGCUGUUCACUUCCCUAGGCCAGACCGUGCUGCCUGCUCACUGGGUGGGAGUCAUGUCCAAAGGCCCCAUCCUCCAGCUCCUGCAGUGCUCCAAAAUCUCCACCAUGGCUGACACGGUGGUCCAGAUCGAGAAGGGCUACUUCUACCAGGUCAGUGUCCAGAACCAGCCUCUCCUGCUCAUGCACGCUGUCUACUCACGUCACCCCACCUGCCUCGAAUCGGUCGAUGACGUGGUGUCGCUCUUGCUGGAUUUGGAAGGGCUGGGUGUGUGUCAGGGCUACCAGAACUUCCACAUGGGCUCACCGCGGGAGCCUAGAAUGAGCGUGAGAGCGGCUCUGUGCGAUUUACUCAUUCCCAAGGACGAGGAACAGUGUCCAAAAUGCACACAUGCUGUGGAGGGUUGAGCAGCUGUGUGAGAAUCGACUGUAAACAAGAAUCCUCCUCCACCAGCUUUGAAGCUUAUAGCGCAGAAAGAACUGUUUCUGACCUCAUGAUGAACUGACAUAAAAAAUGGUGCUUUUUCAUGUAAUUUUUUUUUUAAGAAAGAAGUUAAUGAUUCAAAAAAGGACCUGCAAAACACCGAGUUUUACUGAAAUCCCUUUUUUUUCUCGUUGCUUUCCAUUUGGGAUUAGGACAUAAAUACAUUCAGCUCUCAUUUAAACUACCUCUUCAUUAUUUUAUGAAACAAUUUUAACCUUAAACCUCCCACGUGCCCUUACUGACUCAGAAGUUUUGUGAACAAGUUUAUUGUUGUACAAUGAGAAGCAUGGAAGCUUGUUUCCGCCAUAGGAUAAAAAAUACAAAAAGUUAUUUUUAUCUCACAAUGCAGACUUUUUUUUCUUGUGAUCGCAAGAUAUAAAAUCUGAAUUUCAAGAUAUAAACU